AUGGUUGUGGCUCGUUCUCUUUGUGUAGCCAUGCGCUCACCCAUAAUGCAAUCGGCAAUGAUCACCACAGCCGCUACACCCGAUAUGUUAAAAUUCCGUUCAUCAGUAUUGAAUAGUUCUGCGGCGAAGUUAAAUCGCUAUGGUGGUCGCCAUAGUGUAACAGUUCUUCCUGGAGAUGGCAUCGGUCCAGAGAUGCUCGAGCAUGUGGCAAAUAUUUUCGGAUUUGCACAGGUACCUGUCGACUUCGAACAGGUGGACUUGUCAUCGAAGCAGGAAUCUGUUGAUGAUCUCAAUCAGGCAAUAACGGCAAUCAAGAGGAAUGGUGUAGCAUUGAAGGGAAAUAUCGAAACGAAAUUCGAUGAUCCACAAUUUGUAUCACGCAACGUUGAGCUACGGCGACAAUUGGAUUUGUACGCCAACGUUCUUCACUGCUGCUCCAUUCCUUCUGUUCCAAGUAGGCACAAUAACAUUGAUAUGAUCAUCAUUCGCGAAAACACGGAAGGAGAGUACUCUGGGCUCGAGCAUGAGACGACGCCUGGAAUAGUUGAAAGCCUAAAGAUCGUAACUCGAGCUAAAAUCGAACGUAUUUCUCGUUUUGCGUUCCAAUAUGCAAAGAAGUACGAUCGCAAGAAAGUCACUGCUGUUCACAAAGCCAAUAUACAAAAGCUAGGAGACGGCCUCUUUUUGAAGGUUUGCAAGGAAAUCGCUGAAAACGAGUAUCCAGAAAUCAAGUUCGAUGCAAUGAUUGUUGAUAAUGCUUCCAUGCAGCUAGUUUCCCGGCCUCAGCAGUUCGAUAUCAUGUUGAUGCCAAACCUUUACGGUAACAUUAUUUCUAACAUUGCUUGUGGCCUUGUCGGAGGUCCUGGCUUGGUCUCUGGAAUGAAUAUUGGAGACGAAUAUGCAGUAUUCGAGACCGGAACCCGUAACACUGGUACUUCUCUGGCUGGAAAGGAUACUGCAAAUCCUACUGCUUUCAUCAGAGCGUCUGCUGACAUGCUAAGGUAUCUCGGAUUGAACCAUCACGCCAACAUGAUCUCCGAUUCAUUAUACCGUACCUUGGUAGAGAAACGACUUCACACACCUGAUAUCGGCGGUACCGCUAAGACAAGCGAGGUCGUGAAGUCUGUGCUGGAGUACAUCGAAGAAGAGAUGGAGGCGAACAAAUGGCGCGCUAAAUAA